AUGGCGCUGUGCCCUUUACCUUUCCUCGCGCAGCCAUUUUCGACCUCUCCCCAUCUCCCAGAUUUCUACUGUUUUCCUCCGGUGAAGAAAGCUCGAGCGAUGAGAAGACGAAAAACAAAGAAAAAUGAGGCUUUGACCAUGGCUGCCGCCGCCGCGAAGAAUGCGGCUGUUGAUGGUAAGCCGACGAAGCUGGUGACUUUCUUGGGUAAAGGCGGCUCUGGCAAAACAAUCGCCUCCAUUUUCGCAGCUCAGCAUUAUGCAAUGUUGGGGCUCAAGACAUGUUUGGUUAUACAUUCUCAAGAUCCGACAGCUGACUAUCUACUCGACUGUAAGAUUGGAUCAUCACCUGUCAACUGCAAUGAUAAUCUCUCAGCUGUUAGAAUCGAAACUACAAAGAUGAUUCUUGAGCCCCUUAAACGACUUAAGCAGGCUGAUGCUCGUCUGAAUUUGACGCAAGGUGUUCUUGAAGGGGUGGUGGGUGAAGAGCUUGGUGUACUUCCUGGUAUGGACUCUAUAUUUUCUGCUUUGGAGCUCGAAAAACUCAUAGGUUUCUUGGGUAUUUCGUCCCAGGGGAAAAGCGAGAAAGAAAAAUACGACGUAGUCGUGUAUGACGGUAUUAGUACUCAAGAAACAAUCCGUAUGAUUGGUGCAUCCAGUAAAGCAAGAUUAUACUUAAAAUAUAUGAGGAGUCUUGCUGAAAAGACGGAUCUAGGGAGGGUAGCAGGCCCGUCUCUCUUGAGACUAGUGGAUGAUGCGUUGAGUCUAAGUGGAAGGGGUACCAAUCUGAACGGGAAAAUGAGCUCGGAAAUUUGGGACUAUCUGGAACAAACAUUAGAGAAAGGAUCUUCCAUCUUUGCUGAACCCCAUAUAUUCGGAUGCUACAUCAUAAUGGAUCCUGAAAAUCCCAUGUCACUUAAUUCCGCCGUACGGUUUUGGGGUUGUGCUAUUCAAGCUGGUGCACGAGUGUCCGGUGCAUUUGGUCUAGUUACACCAGAUUCUCCUCCUGUGUCAUUACACGAAAAAAUGAAGAUCAACUUUUCACCUCUACCUUGUGCUUUUGUUCCACAUCUUCAACUUGGUACCAAAAAAAAUUGGAAUGAGAUCAUGAAGUCUGAUAAUAGCAAAGAUGCUCGAGACCUACUUUCAGGAAGUAAUGACACGAGCGUUCCAUCCUCGGUGAAAUUUGACCCGUCUGAUAAAUCCGUGAAGCUAUUCAUGCCAGGUUUUGACAAGUCAGAGAUCAAGCUCUACCAAUUUCGAGGUGGAUCGGAGUUGCUAGUUGAAGCCGGUGACCAGAGGCGUGUAAUUCGACUGCCUUCUCAAAUUCAGGGGAAGGUUGGGGGUGCCAAGUUUGUAGGGCAUACAAAUAUGAGGCGUACGGACGUGGAUAUGAGGGGAUCUGGCUUGAAACCGGGUGUACGGAUGUUCGGGUGUUGUAUCAAGCUCAGGGCUGAGCUCGUGCUAGCUGUUCGAAUGGUCUCACGUACCGACCGACUUAGCUCACGUGAAGGCGAGUUGAGGAUGAAGGUGUGA